AUGACGCAGAACCCUCCAGAGUUCAAGCCACCGAAACUCCCGACGAGCCUGUCGUCGUGCGCGCGCGUGUUCGCCGUCACGAGCGGAAAGGGCGGCGUCGGUAAGUCCACGACCUGCGUCAACCUCGCCGUGGCGCUCGCACGAAUCGGUCUGCGCGUCGGCCUGCUCGAUGCCGACGUCCACGGACCGAGCGUGCCCACGCUCAUGGGUCUCUCGGGUCGACCCGUGACGGACGGUGAGAAGAAGAUGCUGCCGAUGGAGAACCACGGGGUGCGAUGUCAAUCUAUGGGAUUUCUGCUGCCGCCGGGACGGGCGUCGACGUGGCGCGGACCGAUGGUGAGCGGAGCGCUGACGACGAUGAUCAACGAUACGCGGUGGGGAGACGUGGAGGUGCUGAUGGUGGACAUGCCACCGGGAACCGGGGACGCGCAGAUCUCAAUCUCGCAAAAGUUGCCGCUCACGGGGGCGGUCGUGGUGAGCACGCCGCAGGCGUUGGCGAGCGAAGUCGCGAGCAGAGGUAUAGACAUGUACGAGCGAAUUCGGACGCCGGUGUUGGGCGUGAUUGAGAACAUGGCGUAUUACGAGGAGAAGGAUGGGACGCGAGCGUACGUUUUCGGGAAGGGAGGGGCGAGAGCGACGGCGGAGGCUCGCGGGGUGGAGUUUCUAGGAGAGGUGCCUCUUGACGGCGAUAUUCGCGCACGGAGCGACGAGGGCGCACCGAUUGUCGUCGCGGACGCGGAUGGGGAUGUAGCAAGAAUUUAUAGAAGUAUAGCCCAGCGAUUGAUCGACAUGACGAAGCCGUUCGAGAGAUCGUAG